UCACACUCAACCAUGGCUUUCAACCCGUAAAUAAAUAAAGAUUAACCAAUAUCUGUAUAAAAUGUUGCUUAAUAAAAAGACGCUCAUUUACAAACAACUGGCGGAGAAGCUGUAUGACAAAUGCCAGAGGAUCCAGGCGGAAAAUGAGCGCUGUGUGAUGAGGGUAAACGGCAUCAAAAAGAUAGUGAGACGGCGCAAUCACGAUGUGGAGCUGCUGAAAAAGCGACUGGACAAGCACGGAGACAAUUGGCGAUCAGUUCCCAUGGUGGCACCUCAUCCCAAAGGCAAAACGGAGCAGAAACGCCGAGGACCCAAGCCCAAAAACAAACAGGCGGCGGAUGGAACGGAAGUCCCCGGAUCAACACCUGGAUCCAAUCCUUCCACGGCCCGUAAGCCUCGAAAGCAGCGUGCCAAGCAGCCACCGACCAAUCUCAAUACAAUCAUCCCGCCUCCUCAUCCGCAACCACAAUUGGGUACCUGAAAUCUAGCGAUUCUCUGGCACAUCCUAUUUUUAAGAAUAAAGGCUAAUACAUUUACUAUUUUAUUAAGAAAACGAAAGCCACUUUAAACAUAAAAAGCAAAAAUAAAGGA